AUGGCCAGGAGCAUUUUCACCUGCUGUGUUUUCAUUCUUGCUCUCAUCUCUGUCACCAACACUGUCAAAUGUUUCGCAGCUCGGAAUCUCUUGCAGGCCAACAAUAAUCCUGUUGUGCCUGGAAUUCCCACUAUCCCUGGAAUGCCAACAUUCCCAAUCACGGGAAUUCCUACUAUCCCUGGAAUGCCAGCCAUCCCUACCGUUCAGGCCAACAAUCCUGCUGUGCCUGGAAUUCCUACUAUCCCGGGAAUGCCAACCAUUCCAAGGGCAGCCGCUUCGCCAAUGCCUUCUAUUCCUACCCAGCCAACAUUUCCCACCAUUCCUGGGAUUCCCAAAUUUGCCAUGCCUCCUAUGCCCUCUUUCCCUUCUUCUUUCCCCAAAAUCCCUUUCCCUUUCUUCUCUCCACCACCUUCCAAGAACUAA